AUGCCGUUGAAGGACCCCCAAGCUGAGGUGGCACAAAAGGAUGAGGAAAAGUCGGAGCGUGAAGAGCAGGCUGUGUAUGAUGAUGCGGACUGGGAGCACGUGAGGGCAUCUAUCGAUGAGAAAGAAACGGCUGAAGAGGAGUAUAGAGAAGACAGGGAACUCAGCCCGCCGACUGAGGUAGCCCCUGAGAGACCGGAGCGCCGGUGGCAGGGACUUCGAAGACAGGAAGAUGAGGCGAAAGGGAAUGUUGUUUCUGAGCUUGUGAGUUUUCGUUUCCUUUCUGACAUGACGGAAGAGGCAGUGAAGCUAAUCAUGUCUUGUGGCUGUGGUAGCUUUUCUUCCUAG